AUGUCUUCGGCGCCAAAUGAGAGCCCCAAAGGGCAGGGCGAAAAGGACAUCUCACGAGAUGCCGCGGCAGACGCCUCUGUGGUCGUAAUUGACAACAGUAGCAACGACUCCAGCCCCCCGACAUCCUCUCAGACAUCACCGCCAGCAGAGAAGACAGCGGCCCCGGCUGGGCCUCCAAACGGCGGUCUCCAAGCAUGGGUCCAUAUCUUGGGGUCAUUUCUGUUGUACUUCAACACAUGGGGCCUGAUUUCGAGUUUCGGGGCCUUCCAGGCAUACUACCAGUCUGAUCUCCUCAGCAGCAACACGCCUUUCCAAAUAUCGACCAUUGGCUCGCUGCAGAACUUCCUCAUGGUCUUUCUCGGAUUCAUCAUCGGACCCAUCUACGACCUCGGGCACUCGCGCUACCUACUCAUCGCGGGGACGUUGUUGGUUGUUGUCGGGAUGGUUUUGCAGGCCUUUUGCAGGAACCUGUGGCAGUUUCUCCUCUGUCAAGGCCUCAUGAUCGGCAUAGGAACAGGCUGCCUGUCGACUCUGGGUGUCGCGCUGCCGUCGCAAUGGUUUUCCACCAAACUGCCGCUGGCAAACGGCAUCGCUGCCAACGGUAGCGGCGUCGGAGGUCUUGUUCUCCCGGCGCUUUUCCGAGCUAUGCAACCUAAAAUCGGCUUCCGCUGGACCGUCCUCGUCUUUGCGCUCAUCUCCCUCGUCACCCUCGGCAUCAGCGUGGUCGUUAUCAAGACGUCGAAGCUCAAGACGCCCUCGAAGCGACGACCCUGGAUCGACCGCUCCGUCUUCCACGACCCGCCCUUCCUCCUCUUCCUCGCCGGCUGUUGUCUGCUCUUCUUGGGCAUGUACACCCCCUACGUAUACGUGCAGAGCUACGCCCUCGACCGCAACAUGGCCAGCGAGGACGUCGCCCUCUACCUCCUCUCCAUCCUCAACGGUGCCUCCAUCGUCGGCAGAAUCAUCCCCAACUUCGUCGUGCCCUACACGGGUAUCAUGAACAUGAUCAUCAGCGCCGUCUUCGCCAUGUCCGUCGCCGCCUUCUGCUUCGCCGCCACAAACAGCCAGGCCUCGCUCAUCGCCGUCACCGUGAUUUACGGUUUCUUCGCCGGCACCUUUUUCGCGCUGCAGCCGACGACCUUUGUCAAGCUCACGGCGGAUAAGAGUUACAUGGGGACCAGAUUCGGCAUGGCGUUUACCGUCAUGUCCGUGGCCAUCCUCUUCGGCUCGCCUAUUGCCGGCGCGCUUUCGAGGUCUCACGGGUAUCUGAGCGGGUGGAUCUGGUCGGGGUGUUGUCUUGCAGCGAGCGGCUUUACCAUUUUCACCUCGCGUGGGUUUUCCGGCGGCUGGAAGGUGAAUAAGGUGGUUUAA